UUGCCAAUAGCGACGCCCUUAGUCGUCAUAGACGGAAGUGCACCUGACUGAGCGGAAGUAGAAGAUCUCGGAGGCUAAGAAGGUGGAGACUGGAGAAGCUGAAAGCUUUAGCGUCACCUCCCUCACUGGGCAGCAUGGGGGAGAAGUCAGAGAACUGUAGGGUUCCAGAGGAUCUGUUCAAUGGUUUGAAGGUUUCAGAUAUUCAGGAAGCCGAGUGUGCUGGCCCUCCAGUUCCUGAUCCCAAAAAUCAGCAUUCCCAGAGUAAGCCGCUCAGGGGUGAUGAGGCCCAUCUCCAGGAGGACCAGGGAGAAGAGGAGUGUUUUCAUGACUGCAGUGCCUCAUUUGAGGAGGAGGCGGGAGCAGACAAGGUUGAAAACAAAUCUAAUGAAGAUGUGAAUUCCUGUGAACUAGAUGAAGAAUACCUAAUGGAACUGGAAAAAAACAUGUCAGAUGAAGAGAAACAGAAAAGAAGAGAAGAGAGCACUAGACUAAAGGAGGAGGGAAAUGAACAGUUUAAGAAAGGAGAUUAUAUAGAAGCUGAAAGUUCUUAUAGUCGAGCCCUCGAAAUAUGCCCAUCCUGCUUCCAAAAGGACAGGUCGAUUCUAUUUUCAAAUAGAGCUGCAGCAAGGAUGAAGCAGGACAAGAAAGAAAUGGCCAUCAAUGACUGCAGCAAAGCAAUUCGGUUAAACCCAAGCUAUAUCAGGGCAAUAUUGAGAAGAGCGGAACUGUAUGAGAAGACGGACAAGCUGGACGAAGCCCUGGAAGACUAUAAAUCUAUAUUAGAAAAAGAUCCAUCAAUACAUCAAGCAAGAGAAGCUUGUAUGAGAUUGCCUAAGCAAAUCGAAGAACGUAAUGAAAGACUAAAAGAAGAGAUGUUAGGUAAAUUAAAAGAUCUUGGGAACUUGGUACUCCGACCUUUUGGGCUCUCCACGGAAAAUUUCCAGAUCAAACAGGAUUCCUCUACUGGCUCCUACUCCAUCAAUUUCGUUCAAAAUCCAAAUAAUAACAGAUAACAAAGAUAACAAUAGCUUUAAAAGCUGACUGGAAAAUUGUGCGCUGCUUGCUGUUAGCAAGGGGAAAGGCCCUGCCAAUGUUUAACUUUUCAAAGCAUCUUAUCCAGCAGAGCCUAGUGCUCCCUUUUCCCUCUUUUGUGAUCAGGGUGAAAUGUACUUCCUGAUGUAAUGAACCUAAUUUGAUUUCCAUUUUAAGGUGAUGUCUGUGCAGCUGGUCUCCCUGGUUCUGGCUGUCCUUUGUCCAGGAAGAGGCCCAUUUGUCGAGGCUGACCUUCCUGAGUUACACAGACACACAGCCCACCAAAAGCCUCUCCUGAACCAAGCAGACCUGUUGGUUGGGAGACUGCCUAGACAUGACUGAUGACAGGUUACUGCCUGCCUGCCUGCCCCCUCCCUGAUCACACAGCUAAUGAGGCUGUCUCCAGCAUUUCCUGAUUUCCUCUGUGGUAAUAAAAGCUUUCUGUGCUUAG